AUGGGUGAUGCUGGCGGGACAAUGUCUGUUAAAGGUAAAGUGAAAGAAAAAGUAGAGGAGGAUGAAGAUUCCGAUGAGGAAGUUUGGAAUAGUGAGGAGGAGGAUGAAACAAUAGCGAGGAUUCAGCGCGCACAUUUUGCACAGGCUGCAGCGAUGAAUCCUCGACGGAAGUCGAAUGCACGUCCACGGGCAAUGAGCCAUAAAAGAAAAAUGGAAGCUGUUAGAAGUUUUCAUGAUUUUACAAAGAAAUUAAAAAAAGACACAGGUAUAAGAAUUCGAAGUUUAGUUGGUAACAAUAUUUUAGAACUAAGUGAUUUUUCUAGUGAAGACAAUAAAACUGAUAGUGAUGGUUUAUCAGAAGAGGAAUUUUCCGUUGAUCCAUCCGCUGUGCAUGAUUUAGAUGAAGAGAAUGAAAGUUACAUCGAUCCUGAGACUGGAGAUGUAGUGGAAUCUAAAAGAAUACUAGCAGUAAGUAGAAAAGACCUAUCUAAACAAAGUGAACCAACAGGGAAUGAUCCACAGGAGACGCCAAAGACCUUAACUAUAAGUGACAUAAUAAAUGAAGGUGAUCUUGAUUUGUCAAAAAAUGUGGAAAUAGCUGAGGUCGAAGAAAGUGAGUUAUGUACAGAUAAAACUGCCGAGGAAUUGUUAAAUAUGACUAAGCAGGAAGAGGGCAGUUCUGAUUUUGAUCUUGCUGAAAAGCUAAAAGAAAUGGAACAGAUAAGCAUAACCCCAGUUACUAAUGAUGAUGAAGAAGACACUAAGGAUAGUGAGGAAAAUAAACCAGAAGUAGAUGAGGAGAAAAAGUUAUUGAACUCUAACACAUUAAAUGUGAGAAGAAAUAUAAGGGAUGUAAUGGAUGAAAAGAAUCUGGAUGCUUCUACACUGGCAGCACAGCGACAAGAGUCGGAAAGAUUGGCUCGAGUUCAGGAACAACAGAGAAUUAUUAGAGAGGUCCAAAGGCAGAUAGCUAUCAACAGGCAAAACAAAAUACAUCAAAAGACUCUAUCACUCCUUCAAGGUGGAUCAUCAUUGUUGAAAAAGGGAUCUGCUCAGAAAUUAAAUUUACCAAACACAGUAUUAGUAAAAUUACCAUCAGGAGAAGUUAAAAAGACCACAGUGAAGCAAGGGCAGGUUGAUGUCACAAAGAUUUCGAAACCUACUACUCCUGGUACCUCUGGAAUACCAAAAUCGGAGAAAAAAGAGGUUGUAGAAAUAGUAGAUAGCAGUAGCGGUGAAGAAUCUUCAUCGUCAUCAUCUGAUUCCGAUGACUGUAUUAUGUUAUCUGAUUCUGAAGUUCCACCCAGUCCUGAGGCAGAAGAAGACCCUGGGAAUUCAGGCCUUCAUGUGAAUGACGCUUAUAAUAUACCCGAUGAACAAGGAAGAGUUCUUAUAAACAUUGGUCAUGCAGAAAAUGAAGAAGAUAUAUUUUUAGCGCCACAAAUUGCAAGGGUCAUUAAACCUCAUCAGAUUGGAGGAGUAAGAUUUCUAUUUGACAACAUAAUAGAAUCAGUGCAACGUUUCUCAACAUCAACAGGUUUUGGUUGUAUCCUAGCACAUUCCAUGGGGCUGGGCAAGACUCUGCAGAUUGUAUGCUUUUGUGAUAUAUUCCUGCGUCACACGAAUUCUAAAACAGUUUUAUGCAUCAUGCCAAUAAAUACACUUCAAAAUUGGGUUGCUGAAUUCAACAUGUGGUUGCCAGUAGAUGCUUCAACCAGUCCACUGUCUGCUCAUGGUGAGGUUCGUCCCAGGAACUUCCCAAUCUAUGUCCUCAAUGACAGUCACAAAACAUUACAAAUGCGUGCUAAAGUUGUCAAGGACUGGACAACGACUGGCGGAGUCCUCAUGAUAGGCUAUGAAUUAUAUAGACUGCUCAGUAUGAAGAAAGAUAAAAAACCUCGUAAGAAAAAGAAAGCAGAAAAAAACGAAGAUAAAGAGGAUAAAAAAUUCGAUAAAACCGACGGCCCUGAUGAUAAUCAUAACCUCAAUAGACCAGAUAAUGGCAAAGACAAAGAUGAUAUGGACAGUAUAAAUAAAUUAGAAUUAGAAAUUAAGGAAGAGAAAAAAGAAGAUACACAAAAUGAUGAGGACAAAAAGUUAUUAGAUGAGAUGUAUGAAGCUUUGGUCAAACCAGGUCCCGAUUUAGUUAUUUGUGAUGAAGGACAUAGGAUCAAGAAUUCACAUUCAAAUAUUUCAUAUGCUCUAAAACAAAUGAGGACUAAACGAAGAGUUGUUCUUACUGGAUAUCCUCUUCAAAAUAAUCUUCUUGAGUAUUGGUGUAUGGUGGAUUUCGUUCGUCCUAAUUAUUUGGGUAGUAAGACUGAGUUUUGUAAUAUGUUUGAACGUCCGAUACAAAACGGCCAGUGUAUUGAUUCAACUCCUCAAGAUAUAAGAUUGAUGAGAUACAGAGCUCAUGUCUUGCAUUCAUUGCUUGUUGGUUUUGUGCAAAGGAGAUCACACGCAGUAUUGCAAUCGACGUUGCCGCAGAAAGAGGAAUAUGUGCUAUUGGUUCGCAUGACACCAUUACAAAGAAAAUUAUAUGAUCGUUUUAUGAAUGAAGUUGUUAGAUCCGCGUCGGUUCCGAAUCCUUUGAAGGCAUUCGCUAUCUGUUGCAAGAUAUGGAACCACCCGGACGUAUUAUACAAUUUUUUACGGAAACGUAGUGAAGUCAACGCAGCUAUAGAAGAAGAUUUAGACUUGGAAGAAAUUGGUGGAGUUACAAAAGCCGGUCGCGCUAGGAACGGCAAAGCAACGAGACGAACACCAAAAACACGGGGUUCAGCAAAAAAACCAGCAGCAACAAUACCUCCUAAUACUACAGCAUCAGUUCCACCUCGCCAAGAACCUUUUGCGAAUCCACAAUUUCCUACCAAUACACCCUACGGACCCACAAAUUAUCCAAAUCAACCACCGAAUCGACCCGAAGGAGAGCAAUCUACAUCCACGUACCCUCAAUAUCCGCCAUAUCAGAACUCUAACCCAGGUUACUUUCCUCCCAAUCAGGGAUAUAAUCAAGAAUAUAGUAGCAAUUUCUAUCAACAACAGCAGCAACCAUAUGAUAAUAAUUAUUCCAACCAAUAUCCUCCAGGAAACAGCGAAGGUAAUUAUCCCAAUCAGUACCCCCAAGGUAACAACCAGACAGCUGUAACGAAUUACUGGGGAAACAGCAACUAUUAUGGCAACCAAGGAUACUAUGGCAACCAGCAGUAUGGACCGAACCAGACUCCAACGGAGUUUAACGCCAACCAGCCACCAGGUUACAAUAAUACUACUCAGUAUCCUCCGAAUUACAACGCUCCUCCGAACAACGAGAACUAUACUAACAAUUCAUUACCUCCAUAUGCUAAUAACCAAGAAAAUUAUGGAAAUCAGAAUAGACCCCCCGGAAUCCCAUACCAGGGAGGUUUCCCCAAUACUCCCGGUUAUUCUGAAUACAAUCCCGCAAACCCGACAUCAAGCACACCGUAUCGUAAUAAUCAGGCUUUGGCCAGCCAAACCCAAGAGUAUCCCAAUCAAUCGUAUCCUUCAACAUACAGUGGUAGUAACGCGUACGAGGGAAAUUCUUCAACUCCAUAUAAUCAAUACGGAAACCAACGACCAAACUAUUCAAAUUAUUCGAGUUCAAUGCCCCCGCAUCCGACUCAAGGAAACGUCAUUCCAAAUCAACCUCAAGUGGGAUCUUUGCAAAAUCAACGUACUAUUAAGACGGAGCCUAAUUUUAAUAUCCGUGAUGUCAAAACUGAAUUAAAUGAUAGAAACCCAACCUUGCCGUAUAGCAAUCCCUAUAACUAUCAACAAAAUUCUUCAACAUAUCCCGGAACGUCCGAUAAUUCAAAUUCGAAUUAUAAUUGCCAGUUCCCCAGUUUUCCUCAAUCUAUGGAAACUAAGUCUCCUCUGUGUAGUGCGAGUUCUGGAAGUCCCGUGACUUCUUGGCCCUUAACGGAACCCAUUAAAACUGAAGUCGAUAAACUUAAAGCUGAAGAGAAGCAGGAAAUAAAAUCAGAAUCGGACGGUGAGGUGAAGAUCGAGGAUUUAGACACGAAAAAGAUCGUUAAAGAUGAAUGUAAAAAGGGAUAUAAUAUGAUUAAUUUUCCGAAGGAUUUCGGUACACCAUCAUCUAAUAUCAACGAGAAGAGUGCUAAAGAUAGUACGAAAGGUGACGUCUCCGAAUCCGAAGUCGAACAUAGUAAAAAGGGAAGGAAAGGUAAGAAUAAAGAUGACAAAAAAACAGAAUCUAAACAAAAGUCCAAAGGAAAAGCAAAAGCAAAGGGAAGAAAAGACAGAAAAAAUUCAAAGGAGAAGAAUAAUGAUGAUUCUGAUUCAGAAGAAAGUGAAAAAGAAGAGAAGCCUAAUAAAGAAGAGGAGUUGGCUCUCACUAAAAAGGCAGAAGAAAUGACCUACGAUUGGGCCACAGAAUUAUUGAAAGAUUAUAUACCUGGAAUUAUAGAAAACUCUUCUAAAAUGGAACUAUUCUUUUACAUACUAAACGAAAGCAUAAAACUGGGAGAUCGCUUGCUGCUUUUUAGUCAGAGUUUAUUUACUUUGAAUCUAAUUGAAGACUUUCUGGAAAGAAACUAUAUCCCCGGUACUAAUCGACUUUGGGAGAGGAACACGUCAUACUAUCGAUUGGAUGGUUCAACCCACGCCUUAGAACGAGAGAAACUCAUAAAUGAGUUUAAUGCUAAUCCUCACGUUCAUUUGUUCUUGGUAUCUACUAGAGCGGGUUCGCUUGGCAUUAACCUGGUGGGUGCGAACCGCGUUAUAGUAUUUGAUGCCAGUUGGAACCCUUGUCAUGAUACACAGGCUGUGUGUCGUGUAUAUAGAUAUGGUCAGAAGAAGCCCUGCUUCGUGUAUAGAUUCGUUAUGGAUUGUUGCUUGGAAAAGAAGAUUUACGAUAGACAGAUAAACAAGCAAGGCAUGGCGGAUCGUGUAGUCGAUGAAUGUAAUCCAGACGCAGUACUUUCUAUGAAAGAAAUAACUAAUUUGUGUUUCGACAAUGAUGAAAAGGAGCCAGAAUUAAAAGAUUUGUCAGAGCACAAAGAUAAAUAUAUAGAUGUAUUAAUGCAAGGUAUUAUUAGUUUACACGGAAAACUUUUAUGUAAGGAACCAUUCCAACACGAGUCACUACUAGUUGAUAGGAAGGAGAAGAAAUUAUCCAGUGCGGAAAAGAGGCUCGCUCAAAGAGGGUAUGAAUUAGAGAAGAAAGCAGCAUCAGCACCGAAGCCGACGACAGCGUAUCGGACAGUACGGACAGCGGACGGCAGCCUGGUGCAGCGACCCGUGGCAUCCGUGAGACCGAUGCAGCAUGGCGCGAGGUGGAUACCAGCCGACGUGUGGCGCAGGCAGGGAAUGACAGCACAAGAGAUGACGCUGCCGCUUGAUGUAGUCAUACCUACAAACUCUGCUGAGAAAACUAACAUAGUUCUAAAAGCUGGUCAAAGAGUGAUGGUGCUCAAGUCUCCAAAAGGAAUCUAUAUGCAAUUGGAGUCGGGAAAAAUUAUUGCAAUCAAAACUUCGUUUAAGGGACUAGGUGGGAAAGGAGAUAGCAAAGAUAAUCCGGUCGGAAAGAAAAUUUUAGGAAGUCGGCCGAAUCCUGCAAACAUUCCAGGAUCAUUAAAAAAUAAUUCAGCUAUAACCAUAACAUCUAAAACAGGUCCAAGACCGUACCAGAGAGUUAUAAGACCGUCCAUGAAUAAAAUUGCAAGACCUAUGCUACCCGGUCAAAAAAUUGUUGACAUAAGAAGUAGGUUAGGAGAAAUGCGGUCAUAUUCAGCGAUGCGUGCCAAGUUUCCUAUGUCGCCGCGUAUGUUAAGACCUACCUUACCGAAGUCGCUGAGUAUAACCAAAAUAUCCAAGGAUGGCAAAAGAAUCACCAAUAACCACAACGCUAAAAAGAAUAUUGAAGGGGAAACUCAAAUUUUGGAUAGUGACGAUGAAGAGGAUUUAAGUAAAGAGACAAAUCCAUCUAAAGAAACGAAUCCUAAAGAAGACAUAAGAGAUAAUAAACAACCAGAAGCUUCUAAGGCUAACACUGGUGAAGAUAAAAACAGUGAUAAGUCUCAAGAGAAAGAUGAGACACCUACGGAAACAGAACCAAUAAUUCUUACGACAGAUGAAAAAAUACCCUCAGAAGAAGUUUUAGAGAAUAAAGCCCGUGAAAGCGAUCCGGAUCCCCCGCCCGUGUCACAAAACCAACCAAGAGAUGACGCUCCAAUGAAUCUUGUGAGUAAGAAGGAUUCGAGCAAAAUAAGCCAGUUGAAAAAUUAUAGACAUCAACGUAUCUGUAAUCGACCACCCACCGAAUCGAGUUUAAGUCAGUUAGAAAAAACUGCUAGCUCGUUGAACAAGGAAGGACUUCCUGAUUUCAGAAGGAACUUGGAUGAUAUUACUCAAUCAUAUUCACCGGGAGUGGAAGACAAAAUGGGUUCAUCGAGAAAGAAAAAAUCUCCGAGCAAGGUCGAUAUAGAAUCUCAAAUAGAACGGCAACCGAACCCCAGCAUGACGCACAGUGUUUCGAGUUUACUAGGAAGCAAUCCAAAGCCAAGAAUGAGUUCACCUAUUCAUGGUAUGCCGAGUUCAAUGCCCAGUCGGCAUACGAGUGGCAUGCCAUCAAUACCACAGGAACAUAUACCGUACAAUAUUCCAUCAAAAAUCAGUCACGGUGGUAUGUUGCCGACCAAUUCCGUGGCACCUGAAGUACCACUCAUAGGUUCCCCGCAAGUUCCGACUAUGCCAAGCGGGAUGCCAACAAGCCAAUACGUCGGCAAUCCACCACCUGAAAGUGCAUACCCUCAAUAUCCAGGUUACGGUAUGAGUUACGGUGGUUACCCGAACACGCCGUAUUACCCCGGAUACGGUGGCGGCUAUUACCCGCCGUACGCUCCGGCCGCUGGACACGCACCGUAUACGGGGACUCCGCCCGCUCCAACGGAGCCCUACCUUCCACCCAACCCUCAGUGGUAG